AUGUUCAUGCGCGUUCGAACCGAUCUGGAAAUGACCAGUGAGUUGAGCAAGGACACCACAGUGGUUCACGCUAUCACCCAUGAUCAAGGCAAAGUCAUUGGUGCCGUCAAUGUCAUCAAGGCUUCCUCGCAUCGAAGCUCUGCGGAGGUGACGCUGGUGGGGUUGCAAAUGAAGGUCUGGAGGUUCCUUGCCAAGUCAGCAGGAGAUGGCGCUACCAAGACCAAGGAAGAGAAAGCUGCCGCGACCUUAUUGAAGAUUGUGAAUAAGAUCUGCUCACUUUUGGAGAACAGGCAGCUCAGACCCCCUCGCUCAGAGCAUGGAGAGCUAGCCUCUGCCGCUGCCAAAGACUCCAGGGUCAUGGUUAAAGGUGAGUUCGGCCUGACAAACAAGUAUAUCUGCGGCGGAAAGGUGGAUUUAAGCGUAAGGGUGUAUGCCGAUCACACCUGGCAGAACGAGAUUGCGGGGUACGAGUUCAAGUCUUCCAAUGGGUCCGAUGUCAUCUCCCGUCAGCAGCAGCAUAAGUCUGUUCGGCUUAAUGGUGCCAUUCUCCUGGAUUUGGAGCAGCGAGGGGUCGACAUCAGCAACAGCUAUCCUAUCAUAGCAGAAGGCUGGGGCUUGGCGUUGGACUUUUACACCUUACGUAGAUACGACAAUGUAUUAGGAGCAGGGCGCACCACCUUGUCUCGAGUCUGGUUACCAUCGCAUGAAGUGCAGCUCAAGCAGUUCCUGAGUUCGGACUCCCUUCAUAUGUUACUGGCAUUUGCGGCAAGCGGCAAGAUUCUGGGUUACCUGGAGAAGGAAGAGGAAGAGUUUAGCGAUUCGUUAUUCUUCGGCCCGUCCAUCUCGCGUGACUUCACAUCUACCAGCUCGAUCCACAGGAAUGCAAUCGCGACACUGGGACGGAACUUUAUGGAUCUCAAAGCGAAUGGUACCUAUCGCGGAGCUAGUCUCUCGACAGCAUCCAUCUCCUCAUUGUCAUCGGGGUCACAGUUCAACAUAGGGGCGUGGCCAAAAGGAUCCUUGACCGCAUCGACAAAGAACAACUCUGACAGCGAGAGGAUCCAUCCACAGAAUCGACCCAAGGCAUCUCAACCUCAUCGCCACAUUACGCAACCAACAUCAACUCCUCAACCUGCUCCUGCCAAACCACCAUCAGUAACAACCUACCGCCACAACCAUGAUGGGAGCGUCACGAUCUCUGCAACCCAUUCGAAGUACCUCAUCGAGUAG